UAGGAUAAAGUGAACUAUGAUGAUGUGCAUGUGGACUUCACUCGGGAAGAGUGGGCUUUGCUGGAUCCUUCCCAGAAGAGUCUCUACAGAGAUGUGAUGCUGGAGACCUACAGAAAUCUCUCGGCUAUAGGCUACAAUUGGGAAGACCAUAGUAUUGAUGAAGCUUUUCAAAGUUCUAGAAGACAUCGAUGGAAGGAAAGAAAACAUACUGGAGAAAAACCCUCUGAAUUUACUCAGUGUGGUAAAUCUUUGUCUUGUCAGAGUUAUCCUCAAAGUCAUGAAAGAAUUCAUACUGGAGAGAAACCAUAUGAAGGUAUUCAAUAUGGUAAAGCCUUUGCACAUCAUCACAAUUUACCUCAAAGGCAUGAAAUAAUUCAUACAGGAGGGAAACCCUAUGAAUGUAAGCAAUGUGGUAAAGCCUUUGCAAGUCACAGGUCUCUUCAAAAUCAUGAAAGAAUUCACACAGGAGGGAAAGCCUAUGAAUGUAAGCAAUGUGAUAAAGCCUUUGCAAGUCACAGGUCUCUUCAAAAUCAUGAAAGAAUUCAUACUAGAAAGAAACGUUAUGAAUGCAAUCAAUGUGGUAAAGCCUUUGCGUGUCAGGGUAAUCUUAAACGGCAUGAAAGAAUUCAUACAAGAGAGAAAACUUAUGAAUGUAAUCAAUGUGGUAAAGCCUUUGCAAGUCACAGUUCUCUUCAAAGUCAUGAAGGAAUUCAUACUGGAGAGAAAACUUGUGAAUGCAAUCAAUGUGGUAAAGCCUUUACAAGUCGUGGUUGUCUUCGCAGGCAUAAAAGAAUUCAUACAGGAGAGAAGCCCUGUAAAUGUAAUCAAUGUGGUAAAGCCUUUACAUUUCGGUAUCAGCUUCAAAUGCAUAACAGAAUUCAUACAGGAGAGAAACCUUAUGAAUGUAAGCAAUGUGGUAAAGGCUUUGCAUUUCAGAGUAAUCUUAAAAGGCAUAAAAGAGUUCAUACAGGAGAGAAGCCUCAUAAAUAUAAUCAUUGUGGUAAAGUGUUUGCAUGGUAUAGUCGUCUUCAAAUGCAUGAACGAAUUCAUAUAGGAGAGAAACCUUAUGGAUGUAAUCAUUGUGGUAAAGCCUUUGCACAUCACCGUUAUCUUCAAAGGCAUGAAAGAAUUCAUACAGGAGAGAAACCCUAUGUGUGUAAUCAAUGUGGUAAAGCCUUUGCAGAUCAAAGUUCUCUUAUAAGGCAUGAAAGAAUUCAUACAGGAGAGAAACCCUAUGCAUGUAGUCAAUGUGUUAAAGCCUAUAUACAACAAAGUCAUCUUCAAAAGCAUGAAAAAGUUCAUACAAGAGAGAAGCGUUAUGAACGUAAUUAAUGCCAUGGAGCCUUUACAUGUCAUAGUCAUCUUCAAGUUCAUGAAAGAAUUCAUACAGAAGAAAAGCCCUAUGAAUGUAAUGUAGAGAAAUGUUAAUUCAGAGCAUGGCUGCUCUGGCAAGAGAUCACAUCUAAAGAUCGUCUUGGUCUGUGCGACUUGGCUAGAAUACAACAAGUCCAAGUGUAGAAGAUGUACCUCCAAUGUGUCCUGUUUUGUCAACACAUUUUAGCAAUGUUAUUGUUAAAAUGCUUAAUAGAAGAGAAGAUAAGAAACAUUAAAUACUUUGUGUGUGUCCAAAGCAGCAUUUUCAUCUAUCUGUUAGACAUGCCAUGCAGUAGGAUUAUCACCAAUCAACUGUAUACAUCUCACAACAGAGCUUGAUUGUUACGAUGUGUAUAUAUUUUUUGAUACUCCAUAUUUCUCCUUGUUCCCAUUAGUUAUCAUUUAACACUUCAUGUUGAAGUACUGCCUUCUAAAGGAAUUGUGUAGAGAUGUUAGAUGAUGUAACAGCAAUGAAAUUUAUUUUGAAAAAACAUUUCUGGUGUGUGUAUAAUGUUAUUAUAGGUUUUUAGACCAUGACCCAUGCUACAAGAAUGGUCCCACAUCCUGUCACAUGCUCUGGUUUCAGUAUUUGCAAAGUAUGAUGGUGUUGGUGGGGUCCAAACAGAGCAGAGACAUGUAUAUGUACACAUACAUAUAUGCAUACAUGUACACACAUGCAUGUAUGCACGCACAUACAUGUACCUAAACAUGCAUACAUUACACACAUAUAUGCAUGCAUGUACACAUAUAUGUAUACUCACAUACAUAUAUACACGUACACAUACAUACAUGUACAUACCUUAAAUGUAUCUGAACUCUAAAAAUUAUUGACGUUGCUUCACAACCAUGAACUGGGUCCCCAAGGGCACACUUACUUUGGUGCCUGAUUAUGGCAGUCCGUAAAAUAGGAAAUUUCUUAACAUUCUU